AUGAAGUCGUUUACGUACGUCCUUUUGGGAGGUGGUGUGGCUUCCGGUUACGCCGCGCGGGAGUUUGUCCGACGAGGCCUGGGACCCGGGGAACUCUGCAUAAUAACGUCAGAAAACGCGGUGGCUUACGAGAGGCCCGCACUUAGCAAGGAGUUCCUCAAGCCUGGGGGCCAGCGACGCCUUGAGGACUUUUGCACGUGCGUGCGGGUGGGCUGGGAGGCGCAGGACGCGGCCUGGUAUGAGGAAAGGGGCGUCCAGUACUUUAGGGGCGUCGCGGCGGUCGGGGUGGACGUGGCUGGUAGGAAGCUUUCGUUGGAGGGAGGCGAGGAGGUGACGUACGGGAAGCUGCUAGUGGCGACGGGGUCCAGGGCGGCGUUGCUGGCGGAGCAGAACACGCCGGGGGCGGAACUGGGGGGCAUACACUACAUAAGGAGCGUGGAGGACGCGGAGGGCAUACUGGAGGGAAUCGAGGAGUGCAAGCGGCGGGACGGCAG